AUGCAGAAACACAAUACAAUAAGUUCAUGGAUAUCCCACUAAUCGGGCCAGUAGCAUCUAAAAUCAGGAGAUCAAAUCAGACUCUGCCUUGAAGCUACCAUAUAAACACGCAUGCACACUCUUAACUGAAGAACCAAUAUACAGCUCGAACCGAAGUUCGCCACCGUACCCUCAGGUACGCGCAGUGAGACUGAACAGUGACAGCUGGCGCACAACCGCUUCUCCAGUCAUACCCAUGGCCAUGGCGUCGAAAACGGUCCUCCUGCUGGGGAUCGUGGUCGCCGUAGCGAGCGUGCUCGCGUCUGGCGCGCCGCCUGUCCAGCCGCCGCGUAUCCAAGCCGACGUCGUCGUGAUGGGCUUCGUGCCCUGCAACAAUGGCACGUCCAUGAGAACGGGCUCUGCUCCAGGGUUCGCAGGCGCGGUGGUGCAGCUGCGGUGCACGGACGACGGCGCCGUCCUGCUGGCGGCGAACGCGACGACGGACGGCAAGGGGAGGUUCCGCAUGGCGGUGAACACGACGGUGGCGCCGUCGAGCGUGGCCGGCCACUGCGAGCUCGUGGUGGGCACCCCGCUGGCCUCCUGCAACGCGACGCUCCCAACGUCCGGGACGCUCCGCUCCGGCCUCCGGCUCCUCGUCAGCAUGGUCUUCUUCCCUCGGGGCUUCUCCUACGUUGCGCCGUCUGUUUAGUUUAAGUAAAAUGCGUUCAUCUCCAUUUGCUCCAUCACUAUAAAAGUUCCCACGAAUUAUGGAGGUAAUUUGGAGCUAGUUUCAUCCGACUUAACUAAUGAAAGUGACGAGAAUGUCCAAUAAGAGAAAAAUGCGGACCCCUUACUACCGUAGUGCGAAAUAAGGAGGGAAAAACAUUUCCCAAUCCCUACUAAGGAAAAGAAUUAAGUUACCUUUGUAUAUUAAAUAAGAAAUUAUCUUUUUGUUUCCACCUU